AUUCCUUGGCCCACCCGUCCCCCACCCCACUCUGUGCAGAAGUGCAAAAGCUCAAGCCGUCUCCAUGGCCCCAGGAAAGAUUCAGGGGAGAGGCCCCAUACAGGGAGCCACUCCAGUCAGACACCCUGGCCAGAAUGGAGCUGACUGAUUUGCUCCUGGUGGCCAUGCUUCUCCUCACCGCAAGACUAACUCUGUCCAGCCCAGUUCCUCCUGCCUGUGACCCCAGACUCCUAAAUAAACUGCUUCAUGACUCCCACCUCCUCCACAGCCGUCUGAGCCAGUGUCCUGACGUCAACCCUUUGUCUACCCCUGUCCUGCUGCCUGCUGUGGACUUCAGCCUGGGAGAAUGGAAAACCCAGACGGAACAGAGCAAGGCACAGGACAUUCUAGGGGCAGUGUCCCUUCUACUGGAGGGAGUGAUGGCAGCACGAGGACAGUUGGAACCCUCCUGCCUCUCAGUCCUCCUGGGACAGCUUUCUGGGCAGGUUCGUCUCCUCUUGGGGGCCCUGCAGGGCCUCCUAGGAACCCAGUUCCCUCCACAGGGCAGGACCAAAGCUCACAAGGACCCCAAUGCCCUCUUCUGGACCUUGCAACACCUGCUUCGGGGAAAGGUGCGCUUCCUGCUGCUGGUAGAAGGUCCCACCCUCUGUGUCAGACGGACCCUGCCCACCACAGCUGUCCCAAGCAGUACUUCCCAACUCCUCACACUAAACAAGUUCCCAAACAGGACUUCUGGAUUGUUGGAGACAAACUUCAGUGUCAUAGCCAGAACUACUGGCCCUGGACUUCUGAACAGGCUUCAAGGAUUCAAAGCCAAGAUUAUUCCUGGUCAGCUAAAUCAAACCUCCAGGUCCCCAGACCAAAUCCCUGGAUACCUGAACGGGACACAUGGACCUGUGAAUGCAACUCGUGGUCUCUUUGCUGGAACCUCACUUCAGACCCUGAAAGCCCCAGACAUUGUGCCAGGAGCUUUCAACAAAGGCUCCCUGGCACUCAACCUCCAGGGUGGACUUCCUCCUUCUCCAAACCUUGCUCCUGAUGGACACACACUCUUUCCUCCUUCACCUACCUUGCCCACCCACGGGUCUCCACCCCAGCUCCACCCCCUGUUUCCUGACCCUUUCACCACCAUGCCUAACUCUACUGGCCCUCAUCCAGUCGCAAUGUACCCUCAUUCCAGGAAUUUGUCUCAGGAAGCUUAAGGUGCACCAGCACAGUGAGCAUCUGCAGCGUCUCUCAGGGACAAGCUUCCCCCAGGAAGCCUCUGAGGGGCAGCUGCACUAGAUUCCUGCUUUCACCUCAAAGGCCCUGGGAAAGGGACACACAGGACAGGACAUUGUAAAAUUUUAGGAGCUUUUUUUUUUUUUUUUAAACCUAUCAGCAAUAUCAUCAGAGCAGCUAGCUAUCUUUGGUCUAUUUUCUGUAUAAAUUUGAAAAUCACUA